CUGCUCAUGACCUUUUCUUUUUAUUUUCCUCAUCCUCUUCACCCAGCAUGGUGCGCCUCCUGCUUGAGCACUGGCUCACGCUGAAGAGGAGUCUGCUUCAUGUCUUUACUUGAGCAGAUGUGCCUCCAUCAGGAACAUCGUGUCAGCAGCAGAUGACGGAACAAACUACCUCAGUAUUUAUGGCUGUAGCAGUGCUUUCACAAUAUAUUUACAUUCAAGCCAUUGUAGAAGAAUUCUUAUUUACAGCCUUUGUGUGAAUAAGUAAUAAACUUAUUUUUAUUUGAAUUUUAGGUUUUUAUAAAUUAGAUAUUAUCUUCUCUUUCUGCAAUUCUUUUUUCCAAAGUGUGUUGAUACACUCUGAUUUACACUUACUUACACUCAUUGUGAUGAAAACAAUCCUUUAUUUAGAUUAUUGAAUCAUGUUGACAAAUGCCUAGAUUCCAAAUAACUCCAUCCAUGAGGUGAUCUGAUGAACACAAUGAUCUCCAACACAAAGAAAUAUAACAGAUAACAGAAAUGUAUGUUGUGAAUGUUGACCUCAAAUGUAGAGCAAGUUAUGUUGAUGAUAGACAUUUUUUAAAUGGACAAAAUGAUGAAUAUCUGUAUAUUGACCAGAUUUUAGAAAGAUCUUAAAUGGUCCGGCUAAGAAGUGAAAUUCACCCACAUUGCAGACUACCACCAACACUAAACCGACUUCUUUCCAGCUUCUACUGCCGCACAUUUGCUUUUCACACCAGAAAAUCUUUUAUCUUUUAUUUUAAUAGACAAAUCAAUCUAGAGACUGAAGACUCGACACUGCUGCAUCCACCGCAUGUCUUCUUUGAAAGAAUUGCUGACAGCUUUCAGUUUUAAAUUCCUCCACAGUGAUUUGUGCUCAUCCUCUUGUGGUUGACCUUUGGAUCGGGACCCAGUCUUAACGAAUAAUUUGCCGUAAACCAGUUUGCUGUGUAAAAGUCAUUUCUACUUUUCACACAAGCUCUCAUAGUCUCGAUCUCCACUUGUGAAAUUCUGUGAGAGAGGAAAGUCAGGAGAGUAACUUUGUGCCGUUUAAUGCAUGUAAAGGUCUCAAACAGUGGCCAAGGUUUAGUUCCGACUUUCAUUUGGGUUUGGAUGUCUUUUGUCACACUGUAGGAUGCUGUAGGAAGUGAUUAUACUGUGUGUUUCCUGUCCAUGUUUUCAGCAGUUGGGUACCAGUUGUGCAGAGGAAAUGUAGCAUAAGGUCGGUGGCAGGCUGAUGUAGUAGCACAUUGCAUUGUGGGGCAUUUUAUCAGACGAUGCUGCUGGUUUCAUGAGUGAACGGCUGCAGACAUGAGGAAAUAUUUAUCAGCAUCGGUGAAAUAGAUGUUUACUGGUGCUUAGGGACGACGAUGAUGAUGAUGAUGAUUGGAGGAGACCACGGCCGAAGGUGCAGCCCUCGCUAGAAUCACACUUUCUCCCCCAAACUUCACCCCUCCACCCAUAACAUCCCCUGCUGCCGUCCCUCCGACCCGGCGCCAUGGCCAACCAUCUGGAGCUGAUCCAGGAGCUGCAGCAGCUGGACAAAGUGCCCAGUCUGGAGAGGCUGCGGACUGCCCAGAAGCGGCGCACCCAGCAGCUGAAGAGAUGGGCGGUGUACGAGAAGGAGAUGCAAAACAAGAAGCGGAAGGCUGACAAGAAGGGUCGCAAUGCCAACAACCUCCAGCAAGAGUCCAAGAGGCACGUGUCGUUCGCCGCCAGCGUGGCGCUCCUGGAGGCCUCGGCCAGGAACGAUCCAGAUGAAGUACGCUACCUGCUGAAGAACAAUGUGAGUCCGGACCUCUGCAAUGAAGACGGCCUCACCGCUCUGCAUCAGUGUUGUAUAGAUAACUACGAGGAGAUGGUGAAGAUCCUGCUGGGCCGAGGAGCCAGCGUCAACGCUCAGGACAACGAGCUGUGGACGCCGCUGCACGCCGCCGCCACCUGUGGCCACGCAGGACUGGUCAAGAUACUCAUUGCACACGGUGCGGAUUUGCUGGCGGUCAACUCUGAUGGGAACAUGCCGUACGACCUGUGUGAAGACGACCCGACGCUGGACAUCAUUGAGACGGCUAUGGCCAACCGAGGCAUCACCCAGGAGAUGAUCAACGAGACACGAGCGUCAACAGAGAUGAGGAUGAUGGGGGACGUUCAGGACCUGCUGAGACAGGGAGAGGAGGUUAACCAACAGGACUCUCAGGGGGCCACACUGCUCCACAUCACAGCAGCAAGCGGCUACGUGCAGGCUGCAGAGCUGCUGCUGGAGGGCGGAGCUCGCAUGGACCUGAGAGACUUCGAUGGAUGGCAUCCUCUCCACGCUGCAGCAUGCUGGGGUCAGAUGCAUGUGGCGGAGCUGUUGGUGUCUCAUGGAGCCAGUCUCAAUGCCAAGACCUUCCUAGAUGAGACCCCCAUCGAUCUGUGUGAGGACGAGGAAUUCAGAGCCAUCCUGCUGGACCUGAAACACAAACAUGACAUUAUCAUGAAAUCACAGCUCAAACACAAGACCUCACUGUGUAGGCGGACAUCCAGUGCAGGCAGUCGUGGAAAAGUGGUGCGGCGAGCCAGCCUGUCGGACAGACACAACUUGUGCCGUAAAGAGUACGAGACUGAGGCCAUCGUGUGGAGGGGCGGGAGAGAGGAGGAGGAGGAAAAAGAGAAAGAGUCUGAUCAGGAGAAUAACCAGGUGGUUAAUGUCAAGCCGGUCUUAGCUGUGGAGCUGCCAGACACGCCCAAGAUUCCCACCAUCCUCAAAGAUGGCAGCAGCAAACAGAACGGCCUCAUCUCAACGACGACGUCCACGCCGCCGCAGCAGCCGCCCUCCAACGGCAACACGCCAUCGUCUGAUAAGGACGGAGCCACCACCACCAGCCCGCCCGCUCAGGAGGAAGCCUCUCCGAGAGAGCGCGCUCAAACCCUGUCUGAGCUCAAGAAACAAAGGGCUGCUGCCAAAUUGUUGAAUCACCCGUUGUUCAACGGUCACCUGGGUAACGGCUCCACAGACUCCUUCACUGAUGCCAGAAACAACUCGGAGGAUCCCCGCAUGCCGCUGGUCUCCUCCAAUGGCAACGCGGUUUACUACACGCCUGCCAGCGGCGACCCGCCGCUCCUCAAACUGAAACAGCCAAUGGAAGAAGAGCAGCCCAACGUGCGAACCUGCUGCUGCGUGUCAUAGCACCCUGGUCAUGUGACUGUUGACGGAACAAAAGUGCUUUGCACAGAGAAGCGAGGAAAGUGCUGUAGGAGGAGAGGAAGGAAGGAAGGAAGGAAGGAAAGAGGGGGUGUUCCUGUCUCUUAACAUCCUUUCCCUCCCCUCCUUUAAACUUCUCCCAGAGAAGAUGGCUAGCCUGAAGAAUGUACCGAGUACCUCCCUGUCUCGUCAAUCCUGCUACGAUAGGAGACAUCUUCUGCAAACGCAGGCACGUGUCAAGCGUAGCAGAGAGGAGAAGAACCGAGCAGUGACACCUUUUUUCCUCCAGGUGUCGCUUGGAUUCAAAUUUAGUCUCCACAAGCCCAAUGGAUAGAACGAGAGUAAGAGGCUGUUACUCUGGCCCUGCUGUCCCCUGUGCACCUCUAAGAACCCAAGUGUGGACAGUUUGCUUCUUUCACCUGGAGGGUCAAAAACUAGGAAAGUAGAGAAGAGCUCAAGGUACACGGUGCAUGUUCGUCCUCAGAGGUGAAGAUGGAAAAUCUAUUUAGAAAAAUACGGUUAUCAUGUAAUUAAACAUUUUCUUCAGGACAAACUAGCAUUGUUGUCAAACCUCAUUCUUCCACUUUUUUGUCAUAUUUCAUGGUCAAAUGUGCAAGAAAGCCACCACAGAAACAUUGAAACGUAGCAAAAAGAGAUCUGUGACGUCUCCUCUGAAGUACCUGUCAUGUUAAAAUGCUGCCUGCAUAAGUAAAGGGAAGGAAUGCCAUAAACGAGUGUUAAAAUAUUCAGGAAGUGUGCCUCUACAGCGAGAGAUAACAUGAAAGAGUUAAGUCCUGCACUAGUGAUUGAAACUUCACCUCACCGUCCUCUCAUAUCAAACCUGAACUGACAGGUCAUGCUCUGUUUUAUGCAUUACUCAAUUUGUGCUCUCACGUUUAGAUAAUUUAAAGCAAACAUGGUUAAAAAUGACUGUACAUUUCUUUAUUUAUGAAAUUAAUGUAAAGUGUAAAGAAAAAAACGAUGGUUCCUCAAGUUGAGUGUAUUUAUUUUUUGGAUGUUGUGUGGAGAGCUUGAAUGCAAUAGAAGAAUGAGCUGGGGAACCUUCUGACAUGGAGAAUCAAACGUUGAACUAAUGAAGUGGAGUAAGGGUUAUUGUCUGCUGUAUGUUAUUAAAAUCACGCAAACAAGCCGUCCUAAUGGGAUGGAUUUAAUAUCUGUGUCACUACAAAUAACAGUGUUAUUUGUUUAUGUUUUUUUUUGUAUUUGCUGGUGGCCAUUGUGUGGCUUUAUCUUCUCCCAGUCACUGUAUUUGUUUUAUUACAGAAAUUGUAAGUAUUAUGUAAUGAAUUACUGUUUGGAAUUGUAUGCUUGCCUCACUCAUUCUUUAAACAUGAAUCCACACGUGGGUUUGGUAUGUAGCGAGCCCACACCAUUAUGUCAGGUGUCCUCUAGUGCAUCAUGGGUUCACUUUGGGGUAAGAUUGGCUUUUUCCUUGAUUUGUUCGUGUCUGAUGUCCGACCCCCAUGUGACGACCCACAAUGCCACAUUAAUCCCCACAACAUCAACUGUACAGUGGCAAAUAUUUACAGAUGCAUUUGUAAAUAUGUCUGAAAUUGGUAUCCCCCUAUGUGUUCCCAUGAACUGCAUUUACAUGUAUGUGUUGUUACCGCUGAGGAACAUAUAUGUAGAUACAUUUGCCCACAUCGAGGAACAUUGUUAGCCGAUGUUUGGUGGUAGAGGGAGAAACUGAGUCUCUGUAGCCCCCUGCAGUAGUCCAACAUGUUACAGUGGAGUGCACCCAGGCGUCGUCAUCAUAUUUGUGACUAGCGUCUGUGGCCGUUUUUUUUUGUUUUUUUUUGUGCAAUUUUUUCCCGCAACAGCCUCAUUGAAAGCAGUCUGUUUUUUUCAACUCAAUUUGAGGAAGUACAAAUGAAGUCACAGAGUCAAAGAGAUUGCUAUAUCCCCUAUUUUUGGUUCCUUCUUCAUUUAAUGUAUUAAAGGGUCAAAGGGCAGUGACAUCAUCUCGUUAUGAUUCAGCUGAAAUUUACCGGAGCUGCUCCAGUUCACAUUUAUCCUAUCGAUUCAAUUUAAAUGUCAGAUCUGCUUCCUUUAUGAUGAAAUCUAAAUCCCAUUCAAUUGUAUUUUCUAACUACGACCGGGUCAGUGACUCAGUAUUAGCCAGAGAGGGACAGUCACCUGUUUAAAAAGUACCCUGUGUUCUCGUGGUAUAGAUCAACGCUUGUGUUUGUCUGCAAGCCUCUAUAACAAUAAGAUUAUAAAGACAAAAAACUACUGAUUUUAUAAUUACUGGAAUAUGUGGAUGGUUGCAUUAACAUAUUUUGAAUAAAUUGUAUAUUUUGAGAAUUUUACCUGGUCUCUUCUGAAUUAGUAAAGCUCUUUGUUGUUGUCGGGUACAAUGGAUUACUUACUACUUUAAUAAGAAUGUGCUUUGCAAGCCUGAACACAAGCAAAGAUGCCCAACAUCUCUCUUGGAUAAAACAAGGCCUUUUAAGACAUCACUAGAGGCAUUUCAAAGACCAACUUUGAGGCGAUUAAUCAAGAAAAUAACAGUAGAUGAAGCGAUAGUAAAAAUAAUAAUUACUUUUAGCUCUGGUAGUAUCAUGCAUUGCUGUCAGUGUUAAAAGUGGGGGCAUCACUUACAUGUUGAGAAAACAAACUACUCUUUCUGUCGCUCAUCUUUUAAAAGAACCAGUAUAUUCCUGAAAACUGUAUUCAGACAAUGAAUUGCUGAAGUUAGUAAAUAUAGUGUGCAGAUCACGUUUGCAUGCUGUGUGAAGGUCACAACUGAUCUCAACCAGACGCGUAUGCUUCCUCUGCCCUACUUCUACAGCUCUCUCCUCUGUUCUGAAAACAGGCAGAGGCUGGACCGUCCUUCACCACACAGCUGUCAGGGUCUUGGCCUGGCAUCAACUGCUCUCUUCAAUGAGGUUCUGUGUUGUCUUCUUUCCCCCCUCUCUCUGUCUGAACUUCCUCUCGUUCACUGGCUGUGGGAUCAGAAGGGUCGAUAUUUCUACAGGCUGCACCCUGCUGUCAUUUGUCAGACAUAUAACAGUUGGGUUAGAGCUGAAAGAAGUAAAGAAGACAGUUUAAGGGGGACACGCUUUGGGAUUUUGACUUUCUCCACUCAGAUUCUUCUCAGUGACUGUUCAGAAAAACAAAAGCCGCAGGCUACCAAUGGUUGAUUAUUCAUCCCGUUCACUGCUGUUGAUUUUAGGGGAGUGACCUUUUGGCACUGAUUUGGAAGUCUGUUUUUUUUAUGGAGAAGCUUAUCAGUAUUUACAUUACAUUAGGCUGUUAUAACACAACACCUACUGGCUAAGAUGUCAGAUAAGGGAUUUGAAAAUACAAAACUAAUUUGUCAAACAUCUACAUCAAGUUACUGUCCUCUAUGUUACUUGAGCAAAUAUUAGGAGAAAUCCCCCAUCAGUCUGAAGCCGCCUCCGUUUGUCUCAGGUAAAUAGUUAGAGAGGAGGACACUGGUGCUGAAAACAUGAUCCAGGCUGCAUUAACCUCAUCUGCAUGGUCUGGCUUUUGCUAUUGUGCCUGCACUGAGUCCAGGCCAGCUGGCUCAGGUCCAAGUCCUUCAGUCCUCUUCACUGAAGGAUGGAGUGGAUCAGUGCCAGAAUGAGCAUACAGACGCAUACUGGCCACUCUGCUCCACACACAAAUGGAGGGACGAGGAGCACUGAGGAGCAGUCAGGAGUGUGAAAGCAUAAAGUAGGAAAAUGAACCGAUGCCAGGAGUUGCGAAGACACUGACCACCAUGAUGUGAGUGACGGGUGGAAAGAAGGGAUGUUUUCAUUGAUGAAAGAAAGACAGCAUACAAAUGAAGGGUGGAUGGCAG